AUGCCGGAUGUAUUAAUACCUAAUCUUGACGAUGUUAACAAGACCGCCUUCUGCAUUCCAUUCAAUCCCGACGGCAUGUCACUGGUUCUUGCUGAAAGGCUACCUCCCUCUUCUUUUACCGAUCGAGACCUGGAGAAUGGGUGCGAGCUAAGGUUUCAGGCUUACAAAGUUGCAUGGAAGAAAUGCCUUGACCGUGUGCAGGAAAUUAUCCAUGAACUACAAAGCGCAUCUGCGCACAGCGUAGUCAAAGAAGUGAAGACGUCAUACAACAAUCCUCUUCCAGGGUUGCCUUAUGCGGAGCUCCCAGUUAUAUCAUUAAUCAAUCCCUCGCUUGGAAUUUCGUUUCUUACCAGCAUUAUGCCUCUUCUCGAAAGCCAGGAAUCCGUAGCUUCACCAGUCGAUCAAGUUCAUUGUUUAGUCAUUCAUCUUUACCCAGCAGAUUUUCCAAACAUCAUGGUAGGGAUGAAAUCUAUUAUAGCGGGAUUUAUGGAUAAUACGGAUCUAGAGAGAGGGAACCACAAACCUGCGACUUCGCUUGCUAAUUAUGAUGUGAAGCUCCUUGCAGCGUGGCACAAGGCUUUGGUGAAAACUUCAGGAACACCCUCCAACCUCGUCAUCGUCCUCCAUGAUUUUGAACAGUUCGACCCAGCUGUCAUGCAAGAUGUUUUUCACAUUUUCAGUGCGCAUGUCAAGGAGCUUCCAGUCGUAUUUUUACUUUCCAUGUCUUCUCCCUCCACGAACUAUCUUAAUGACACGUAUUCUCGAGCAACAAUGGCCCUUCUACGAGUUCGAAAAUUUGCGCCACCUAGCGGAUCCACCUUCUUCUGCCCUACGUUUGAACCUGAUAUCAUGGUCGGGCCCAUCGUACUCGAAUACAUCCAAGAUCACUUCACGAGAUAUAACUCCUUUGCUGAUGCAAUUCUCACGAUUCUACAAGUAUCUUUGACCUCUUAUACUGAAGUUUAUCCACUGGCCGUCCUGGUUCAUGACACACCAUCCUUGGACAUUUUAUCGGAUCCUGGAUCGUCUGAAUUUGUGAAUUCGCUUGCUAUACGGUUGAAACUCCCGUUUGCAAACGCUAACCACGAAAACACAAGACAAAAGCCUUUCACACCUGCCGAAAUUCGAACAAUCACUAAGAAAUUGCACAACGCCCGCAAGAAUUACCAUUCCCGCUAUAAUGGAAUACGAAUGGCCUUCACCUUGAUGGUCCACAUUCAAACAUAUCUCGAAGAUCAAGGAUACAAGGGCCUCGAUUGGUCUGGGGAUAGAAAACCAGGAUCUGAACCUAAAUGGACGAAUUUAUUCAAGCCUAUGCUUAAUGUGAUGCAUGGAGACGUUCAACCAUACAUCAAAAGCCUAUCCCUGAUUGUCAGAAAAUCCAAAAGAAAAGAACUGCAAGAUCUGCUCCAAAUUCUACAUAGUUUCUUCGAGGCCAACUCAGAAGUUGAAGACAUUUCCAAAGACCGAACGAAGGUUGUGAGCUGGAAAACAGGACUCCGCUCAGUAGGAAAUGAUACAGGAAGUCUUUCUGAGAUAGCAGUGCCAUUCAGUGAAUGGCUGACGGAGUAUCUAAGCUCGAGACUCAGACCUCUGGAGGAUUGCGAGUUAUGGGAUGUUUGGUACACGGGCCACACGCCCUUCUCGUCAGAGCUAUUAAAUCCUUCAAUACGAGCUUCUAUGAUGUCUGGACUGCUGCGGCCCCACGACUUUGCCGUCGACUUUUCCAUUCCUCUGAAGGAGCCCCCACCUGAAAAGGCAAUAUGGGAACUACCCGACACCAGCAUCCUUUUCAAGAGAUAUCUGGACAGCGGAAGGAUGAUAAAUGUAUAUGACUGGUUCGAGUCGUUCAAGACAGUCCUUGAUACACAACGUGAGAAAAUCCAGGACCUUCAAGUUCAGGAACCGGCCACCCCUAAAAAACGGAGGGGACAAAAGUCCAAAAUGCAACCUGUAGAAAAGCAGGAGACGCCAAAGGCCAUGACAGCAGAAGAGGAAGAGAAAUGGAACUUGGAAGUCCAAGCUAGAUUUGUGCGAGCGUUGCACGAGCUUGACUACCUGGGUUUUAUCAAGCACACAGGCCGAAAAGCAGACCAUGUGCUGAGGACUUACUUCGAUGUCGGCGAUGCCGAGUAG